CGGGGGGCUGCAUCCCGUGCGGAGCCGAGCAGGGCCGGGCUGGGCAGAGCUUGCUGGGACGCGGCACCGCCAGGGGCUCCCAUGCCUGGACGCCAGAGGCAGCGUGGCCACAGCAGCCUGGAUGCAGAUGGAGCCGGCUGGAGACACCAGGGCUGCCCCAGUGCAGCCUGGGGGCCCAGAGCUGCCCCCACCGCGGGCGGGGCAGCCUGCAGAGCUCUCCAUUGCCCCUGGCGGGGCAGCAACGGUGACAGCCUUUUCCAGGACUAUCCGCCUGUACAGCAGCCCUGCGCCUGGGGGCAGCGCCCCCUCCAGGCCCCUGGUGGUGCUGCUGCCCUGGUUUGGUGCCCGGCCCCGCUCCAUGGCGAGGUACCUGGAGCUUUACCUGCCACGCGGCCUGGACGUGCUGGUGGUGGAGAGUGAUCUGAGCCACUUCCUAUGGCCCCGGCACGGGCUGGCCUACGCGGCCUGCGUGCUAGGCCUGCUCCGGGACAGCCAGCCCUUCUGCUCCCGCCCGCUGCUCGUCCACGCCUUCUCCAUCGGUGGCUACACCUUCGCCCAGAUGAUGGUGCACAUGAGCCGGGAGCCACAGCGGCACCAGCAGCUGGCAGAGAGGAUCCGGGGCCUGGUCUACGACAGCCUGGUGACAGGCAGCCUGGGGGACAUGGCGCUGGGCGUGGCUCAGAUGAGCAGCUCCGCGGCCUUUCGGCCCCUCAUCAGGGGAGGCACCAGGCUUUACUUCAGCCUCUUGCGCUGCUGCACCGUGCGGUACUACAAAGCGGCACAGGGCGUGUUCUUCCGGCCGCCGCUUCGCUGCCCUGUCCUGGUCUUCUACUGCCGCAACGACCCCCUGAGCGACCCUGCCCUGGUGCAGGAGCUGCUGGAGAGCUGGAGGCGGGCAGGGAUCCUGGUGCAGGCCCAGGCCUGGCAGGACUCGCGCCAUGCAGCCCAUCUGCACCAGCACCCCCAGGAGUACCAGGAGGUACUGCUGGGAUUCCUGAAGCAGCUGGACACGGCCCUGCUCCAAGCCAGACUCUAGCAGCUGGGGCUGGGUUGGCCCAAGAGCCCCUCUGACAUGGGCAGGGGGACAUGCAGCUGCUCCUGCAGCCAGAGCCCUGCUCCUCCCUGGCAGGCAGGGUGCUCCUGCCGUCACACAACAUCCAGCCGCAAGCAGGGACAUGCAGCUGCUCCUGCAGCCAGAGCCCUGCUCCUCCCUGGCAGGCAGGGUGCUCCUGCCGUCACACAACAUCCAGCCGCAAGCAGGGACAUGCACCUUCUGCAGCCGGCCCUGCCGGGCAGGCCAGACCACAGGCCUCGGGCACAGAGCACGGGAACAACUGCUGCACCAUGGACACCCCGGCCGGGGGAGGGGGAGCCACUGAGUCUUCUGCCCCAGGGAGGCAUGAUGGACACCUGCCUGCUCUAGCUCCAUGGGGCUGUGGCAAGGGGGGAGGCACAUUUCCCCCAGGUGGGUUGAUGAGGGGGGAGGGCAGCUGGUGCAGCCCUCCCCUCCCCUCGUUUCACCUCUGCCCUGGGCUGUAGGGGGACAGGCUGCUGGUGGCUGGCUGGCUGGCUCACAAUUCAGCAGCUCCACCUCCCGCCAGGAGCCCAGCUGCCUCUCUGCACCUGCCCUGUCCCUGCACAGAGCAAAAGCCCCUUGCAGGGCCUGGGGGAAUGGCCAGGCUGAGCAGGGAUGGGGGGAGCAGGCUGGAUGGGGGCUCUGUGCCCCAUUUCAGGCUAGUUUCAACAUAAUUUUUUUAACUCCCUCUGUAAAUUAGUUUGAAAUCCCCCCGGCCACAGGACCCUGCCCUGCCGUGGUUCUACGGUGCAGCUGCCACUGGCCCUGCAGCCACAUGCCCUAGGCCCAGUCCUCAGGGCCGGGCCAGGGGGAGGAGGGGGAUUGCACCCCCUGCUCCAGUGAGCUGGUGGUUUGCCACAGCGAGUUGAGCUGGAGCCUACCUCAGCGUGCUCCACCACACCAGCCCCUGCCAGGCUCUGAUGCUGCAUUACUUUAUUAUUGUUCUUCAAUACACAAUUACAAACACUGGACCCCAAAUGUGCAAAGUUAAAGCCUUCUAACGAGUGGGGGGGGGGGGGGGG